CUCUGUUUUGUGUGGUGUGUUUACGAAGAAAAUCUUCUCCACCUUCUUUCUAUCCUCCUUAUUUUUCAGUGGUCUGGUUACAUUUGGCGCGAAAAGUUCUUCCCUUUGUAACUUUCUCUUCUAUUAUCCGACAGCUUAUUUACAAAUAAAAGAUGUCAGUAAGUGGCAAUAAUCUUGGUGUUGGCAUUAACUAGUCUGAUUCCGGUUUAUGCUAAAAGUCAAGGCGCCGGAAAAAUAUGUGUCGAACUUGGCCGGAGAUCAUUGAGUACAACAAGACCACACAGUGUCUCGAUUUUAGAGUUUGGAGCUGUUGGAGAUGGCAAAACGCUGAACACAAUUGCGUUUCAGAACGCCGUUUUCUAUGUAAUGUCAUUCGCCGAUAAAGGUGGAGCCCAGCUCUAUGUCCCUCCUGGGAAAUGGCUCACCGGAAGUUUCAGUCUCACCAGCCAUCUCACUCUCUUUCUAGAAAACGGCGCCGUUAUAGUUGCCUCUCAGGAUCCAUCGCAUUGGGAAGUUGUUGACCCGUUACCAUCGUAUGGACGAGGCAUUGAUUUGCCAGGGAAGCGAUACAAGAGUUUGAUAAACGGUCAUAUGCUACAUGAUGUUGUUGUAACAGGUGAUAAUGGAACUAUAGAUGGUCAAGGCUUGGUUUGGUGGGAUCGGUUUACUUCUCAUUCCUUGAAAUAUAACCGUCCUCACCUCGUUGAGUUUAUUUCUUCCGAAAAUGUAAUCGUCUCAAAUCUUACCUUCUUGAAUGCUCCGGCUUAUUCAAUCCAUUCCAUUUACUCUAGCCAUGUAUAUAUUCAUAAGAUAUCGGCUCACUCUUCUCCUCAUUCUCCUUAUACAAUCGGCAUAGUUCCAGAUUCUUCUGAUAACGUGUGCAUCCAAAACUCAACCAUUAACAUGGGGUAUGACGCGAUUUCCCUCAAAAGCGGUUGGGAUGAAUAUGGAAUUGCGUAUUCUCGUCCCACUGAAAAUGUUCAUAUAAGAAACGUUUGCCUUGGAGCAGCUUCUGGUUCCUCUAUUUCCUUUGGUAGUGAAAUGUCUGGUGGAAUAUCUGAUGUCGUGCUCGAAAAUGCACUUAUACACAACUCGUUGACCGGCAUCGCCUUUAGAACCACAAAAGGAAGAGGCGGUUACAUCAAAGAGAUUGAUAUUUCAAAUGUUGAUAUGUCGAGAAUCGGUACUGCCAUUGUUGCUAAUGGUAGCUUUGGAUCUCAUCCAGAUGAUGAAUACGACGCAAAUGAUCUUCCUCUAGUGACUCACAUUAGAUUAAACAACAUUUCUGGAGUAGAUAUCGGAGUUGCGGGGAAAUUGUUUGGGAUCAAAGAGUCUCCUUUUAGCUCGGUGGCUUUAUCAAAUGUCUCUUUGUCGUGUUCUACUGUUUCUUGGCAAUGCUCCAAUGUUUAUGGAUCGUCAAAAUCUGUCAUACCUGAACCGUGUCCCGAGCUUAAGAGAGUUGAUAAUGCUUACGGUAUAGCUGCAGUGUAGAGAAACCGAAACUCUGCAACAACAUACACAACACAAGAAAUUUUCUUGGGAUUUCUUUUAGGAUUCAAUGAUUCAUCCAUCAAUCAAUAUUCAUAUUAUUUGUGAAGUUAGAAGAGGUCAGAUUCUUUCUCCCAAAAUAAACCACAUUGUCUCAGAUCAUACAUGUUCCUUUUGAUUAUUCCGGUUUUGUUUUGACGUCGUUUGCAUACUUUGUGACAAGAGAAAUCUGU